GUUCUUUGGAAAGGGCUGCCUGCAGGGUCUGCCUUUUUAUUCAGACCUUUGAAGGGUGAAAUUGUUUAAAUUACAGGAGUCUGUCACCACACCCAGGCCGCAGGAUCGAGCCCGUUGCUUUCCAGUGUGUCAGUGCCAGGACUCAGGCGCACCGCCGGCCCCCUUUUUACUUAUUUUGACAAGUCGGAAGCGUCCCCAAUCCAGACCGGCUCGUACCUGCGCGCCCACCGAGCCUCCUGUCUGCGACCCGGCGGCUCUGCGAUGAAGCUGAGCAGCAAACCUUCAGCGCUCCUCUCGCUUAUCGGUGUCAUGCUGCUCUGGCCGUAUGUUCUCACCAAGAGUGUCUCAUCCAGGGCCUCUCUGUCUGCAGGGCAGGGAGAAGAGCGCCCUCAUGUGGUGAAGCGGUCAACACAGACCUGCGAUAGCACAUUUGACAACUACUGCCUGAACGACGGCCAGUGCAUGCUGCUGGUGGACAUCAACGAACACCACUGCAAGUGUGAGAGGGGCUUCUAUGGCCCCAGGUGUAGCCAACCGGAGCUCGUCGUUCAGCCAAUGGGAGAAGAGCAGAUAAUUGUCACUGUUUUCUGUGUGAGUCUGCUGAUCAUAGGUCUGUCUGGAGCUCUGUACUUCUGCUGCAAAUGGUAUAAGAUUCCCCCGUCAGCAGAAGCGGCAGGGUUACAAAGGAGUCCAGCCUGUUUAGAGUCCCACACACACCCAGUGCAUCCGCUGCUGGAAAAGGCAAACCAGGAUUUUCCCAGUUUCAUCCCACCAUGACGUUACCUGACCUGCUUACACUCAGUGCCUGCUUUGCUGGAUCGAUCCUGCAGGCAGUCCUGUACCCCGCAUGGCUUCGGAUCACUUUAUCAAGCGGGCAGAUUGACACAAAGAGACUCAAACAUACAGAAAGAAGCAGCUUUGCGUGCGCUGCGAUUUUUGUUUCCCUCAUGUUUGAAGAGAUGAAUGAGAAACACAAAAAAAGUGUCUGUGGGUGAUACUACCCACAGUGACAGUGGCUCGUGGAAAACACAUGGAGAUUUUUUUUUUGACAGUAACAUAAUAAUGAUCAAUAAGCAGUCAUGCUGUAGUAUCUUCAUGUUCUUCAGGUUGCCCAUCUCAUCGCUUCUUUUAAUGCAGCCUCGGAGAUAUAUAAAAAUUAAAUGCAUUAAAAGAGAAAAUGAUCAAAUCUCACCCAUGUAGCUGCUCUAAGUCCUCUAAGUUGCUUCCUCGAACACAGUUCUACGCUGUUUUAUAGUUUUUUAAUUUAUAUCUAACCCUCCUGCCUGGAUUAGCUUGUAUUUAUUGUUGCCUUUUGCCCUUUGCAGCUAUGAUGAGUAUUAAAAACACCCAUGACUCUCAUUAAACUGGCCACUGAGUGUAACAGUGCUGUGUUUUAUUAUGUGUUUAGUGAGAGAGUAUCCUCAUUUUGAUAAUUUAUUAUAAAGUAUUAAUGUGUACACUGGAAUCUUCUCUGUUUUGGAAGCUCUGUCACAAAAAUGAAUGAAUACAACUUGAAUUUUUUUUACUGCUGUAUGAAUUUCCUUUUCUGUGUCACUGACUUUGGUAUUCGUACCACAUUGUUGUCUAAAGGGCUCAGCUGAAAGUCUUCACAUUUCACCUUCUUCUCACGUCUUUGUACAGUUUUCACAUUUUUCUGCCAUGUGAUGAACAGUUCCCUUGAAAGAAAAUAUCUCUCCUUACCAACGCGUGCUUGAACAAAUGCUUCACUAUUUCUGUACCUUUUUCUUAUUUUUUUUACAUGACUUGACAUUAUUGCAGAAUUACUGUAGCUGUACAUGUAUUAGGAAAACAUGUUAAUAAAAUAUAAAGGAAAACAAAUACA